AAGCAGAAGUGGAAAAAAGUUCUACUGUGUUUCAACAACCGCACAUGGUACUAAUUUGGUUGGUUUGCUUCGUAAGUUGCACAGCCGCUGCGUCUUCUCAACAAUACAUCGCAGUCCGUGGGCGGUUGGUUUGUGGAACUACGCCAUUAUCAAACACUACAGUGAAGCUUUCUCGUAGGCAAUUGAUAGGUAGCAGCACAAUUGCGGAAACGAGGACUCGUCAUGACGGUUCUUUUCAAGUUGAAGGGGGAUUAUCAUCAUUGUUUACUAUGGAUGCGCGUCUGAAGAUAACUCACAAUUGCAAGGACAGAUGGCCAUGUAAGCGGAAAGUGGACAUAAAGAUGCCUCGUCUCUAUAUUUAUCGCGGAAAGGGACCAUUACAGUGGCUUGAAGCUGGCACACUUGAUAUGGCCUUUAACUACCCAGACGAGAAGCAGUUUUGCACUAGACCCGGAGUGAAUCGAUGA